CCCGGCCCGGGGCCCGCGCCCAGCGGGGGGCUGCGCUUUUCGGCCGAGCAGGUGUCGUGCGUAUGCGAGGCCCUGCUGCAGGCGGGCCACGCGGGCCGCCUGGGCCGCUUCUUGGGCGCGCUGCCUCCUGCCGAGCGCCUACGUGGCGGUAGCGACGCGCUACUGCGCGCCCGGGCGCUCGUGGCCUUCCAGCGCGGAGACUUCGCUGAGCUGUACCGGCUGCUGGAGAGCCGGCCCUUCCCCGCAGCGCACCACGCCUUCCUCCAGGACCUCUAUCUGCGCGCCCGCUACCGCGAGGCCGAGCGUGCCCGGGGCCGCGCGUUGGGCGCCGUCGACAAGUACCGGCUGCGCAAGAAGUUCCCACUGCCCAAGACCAUUUGGGACGGGGAGGAGACGGUGUACUGCUUCAAGGAGCGCUCGAGGGCCGCGCUCAAGGCCUGCUACCGCGGCAACCGCUACCCGGCCCCGGAUGAGAAGCGCCGCCUCGCUGCGCUCACGGGCCUCUCACUCACGCAGGUCAGCAACUGGUUCAAGAACCGACGGCAGCGCGACCGCACCGGGGGCCCGGGCCCGGCGGCGGCGGCCGCCGGAGCGCCAGCCAGGAGCGAGUCAGAUGGGAACCCCAGCACAGAGGAUGAGUCCAGCCAUGGGGCUGAGGACCUGGAGCCUGGGGCAGGGGGCCCCCCGGGGGGCCCAGAGGUGCCAGCUCCUGCUUCUGUCUUCCUGGCGGGGGCAGGGGCCUCAUCUGCACCCCCGGCUGCCCCAUCCAUUCUGCUCAAUGGUGGCUUCUUGACUGCUGGCAGCUCCCCCGCUGUGCUGCUCAAUGGUGGAUCCGUCAUCAUCAACGGGCUGGCAUUGGGGGAGGCCCCGGGCCUGGCCCCACUCCUGCUCACAGGAGCUGCCGGAGGAGGGGGUCCGCCCCCUGCCAGCCCCCAGGCCCCGGCUCCACUUCCCUCCCUGCUCCAAGUUCCCCAGCCUGGAGACCUGAAGGCAGAAGAUGCCCAGCCAGAGGAUGGGGGCUCCAAAGGGAACCCCCCGCCUGGGGAGGAAUCCCUGCCCUUCCAGGGGCUGUCCCUCUCCCAAGUGGUGCCCUGCUCCCAGACCCCUGCAGCCCCAGGCCCCCCGCCAGCAGCGCCCCUUGCUCCUCCUGCAGCCCUGACGCCAGCCGGGCCUGGGCCCCAGGUGGUCCCGCUGUCGCCUCCAGGGCCAGGAGCUCCCCUUCCCGCCCCCCAGGUGGUCCCGCUCUCUCCGUCUGGCCCCGUGUUCCCCGGGGCCUCCCCCUUGGUUUCCCUUCCCCAAGUGGUGCCCACAUCGCAGGUGGUGACCCUGCCCCAAGGCAUGGGCUCCCUACAGCUGCUGCCCGGGCCUGCCAGCCCCGUCAAGGUGGCAGCAGCACCCGGAGCCACCUUGGGCCAGGCCAACGUUCACCUCAUCAACCCAGGAGUUGGGGUUGCGGCCUUUCAGCUGCCUGCGGCCACCCCAGGUAACUUCCUCUUGGCCAACCCCGUUUCCAGCAGUCCUAUUGUGACGGGGAUGACGCUUCAACAGGGCAAGAUCAUCCUGACCGCCACCUUCCCCGCCAGCAUGCUGGUCUCCCAGGCCUUGCCAGCCACUGCCGCCAGCUUGGCUCUGCCCGUCAAACAGGAAGCCCCGGCUCCUGCGGCCGAGGGGCCGCCCCUGCCCGCCUUCUCCGGCCAGCCCCAGCUGCCUGUGGUCCCGGCGGCUGCUGGUCCAACCUUCUCCUCGGACUCCUCUGGCCUCUUAACCAGUGUCCCUGUCCCUGCCGUCCCUUGGCCCGGGGGGCUGGAGUUGGGGGUGGGAACAGAGGGGCUCUUCGAGAUGGAGAAAGGGCUGGGGGCGCCUGCUCCCCAUUCCCUCCUGAGGCUUCCAGAGGGCGAGGGCCUCCUUUUGGGGGAUGCGGCGGGGGAGGAUGGGGAUGAACUGGAGCCUGAGGACAAAGUGUUGACCCAGCUGCAGUCGGUGCCUGUGGAGGACCCUCUGGAAUUAUGACGGGAUCCGGGGGCCGUCACCCCCACUCACCAAACGAGGUGCUUUAAAGACUGACCAUCCGCCCCCCCCCAGGGGCUGUGCCUACACACAUGUUACUGUCUUCCAGAUGAGAACACUAAUUGCCCCCCAGCAGGCUCUCAGCCUUGCCCAGGCCCCCUCCAAAUUCCCUGGGAGUCCUAUUUGGGGGGGCCCGAGGGCUGGCUGUAGGCCCAUCCCUAGCAAUCCGGUACUGGUUGUGAAUUGUCUGCAAGAACACUAUGGCCCUCGGGCCCAUCCUUUCCCUGGACCGGUAGGCCCAGGCCCUCCUGAGGAGCCGGCAGCGUCUGGGCAGUGAGGGAACCCAGACCAAAGAGCCUUCCUCCCCACUUAGCCCUGGGAGGGACCUUCCCGACCUCGGUUUGUACCUUCCCAAAUCUUUCUA